UUUGGGCUCAUGUUCGGUAUUCCUGUCACCCACUCUGAUACCUCCAAACCUGCAGGCUCCAAGCACAGGGCUCGGGCAGCUCCGGAUCCUCCUCCCCUCUUCGAUGACACAAGCGGUGGUUAUUCCAGCCAGCCUGGGGGAUACCCAGCCCCAGGAGCGGACGUGGCCUUCAAUGUCAACCACUUGCUUGGGGACCCGAUGGCCAAUAUGGCUAUGGCUUAUGGCAGCUCCAUCGCAACUCAUGGGAAGGACAUGGUGCACAAGGAGCUGCACCGUUUUGUGUCUGUGAACAAACUCAAGUAUUUUUUCGCUGUGGACACAGCCUACGUGGCCAAGAAGCUAGGGCUCCUGGUCUUCCCCUACACACACCAGAACUGGGAAGUGCAGUACAGUCGUGACAUGCCUCUGCCCCCCCGGCAAGACCUCAACGCCCCUGACCUCUAUAUCCCCACAAUGGCCUUCAUCACCUAUGUGCUGCUGGCUGGCAUGGCACUGGGCAUGCAGAAAAGGAUGGCUGGCUCUGAACCGCCCCCCCUCCUCUGGCACAGGUUCUCCCCAGAGGUGCUGGGCCUGUGUGCGAGCACGGCACUGGUGUGGGUGGUGAUGGAGGUGCUGGCCCUGCUCCUGGGCCUCUACCUGGCCACCGUGCGCAGUGAGCUGAGCACCUUCCACCUGCUGGCCUACAGCGGCUACAAAUAUGUGGGAAUGAUCCUCAGUGUGCUCACAGGGCUGCUGUUCGGCCGCGAUGGCUACUACGUGGCUCUGGCCUGGACGUCAUCCGCGCUCAUGUACUUCAUCGUGCGUUCUUUGCGGACAGCAGCCAUGGGCCCUGACAGCGUGGGGGGCCCGGUCCCCCGACAGCGCAUCCAGCUCUACCUGACCCUGGGAGCUGCAGCCUUCCAGCCCCUCAUCAUAUACUGGCUGACCUUCCACCUGGUCCGGUGACCCCCGCCCCAGGUGGCACUGAUUUUUCCAUUCAUUGAAGAUUGGAUUUCUGUGGC